AUGGGCUUGGCAGCUGAACAAGACACCCAUCUCCUCGACUCUUUCCGAUCGGACAUUCUCAGCGGGCCGACUGAAAUUGACGCUGAAUUCAUACAGGUCUACGAGGGCAGCCAAUACCCCUGGGAUCCUCCAGUUCACUUCUGCCUUCUCCAAGAUGAGUUCGCGGCACAUGAUAACGAGGUCAAAGAAGCGGCCUCUCGUUCUAUCGAGGACCUCGUAAAGCCACAUGGACCUAUUCUUGUCAGGCUGUACUUCCGACACGUCCACCCGGCCUUUCCCAUUCUAUCGAAAUCUCGCUUUCUCAGACAGUACUCUGGUAACAAGGCCAAGCUCCCGGCCUCUCUCCGCGGGGCUGUAUAUGCCCUCGCCUCUGCGUUUUGGGGGAGCGAUCCUUCUUCGGCUGGGCCAUCUCCAUGCCAACAGCAUGUGCUGGCAGACCUUGCGGCGGACUCGUUGCAGCGAGAGUUGGACUCCCCAAACCUAGCGAAGCUGCAAGCGUCCCUGCUACUUCUUCACAUGAUGCCCAACAAAGUAGACAGCAUCGCACACCCAAAGACCUGGACAUCAACAGCGCAAGCCGUCGCUAGCGCCCAGAUGAUCGGUCUGCACCAAGACGCGGAGAAGUGGAACAUUCCUACCUGGGAGAAGAGGCUACGCAGGAAGCUAUGGUGGGCAACGUAUGUCACUGAUGUGUGGUCUGCCAUAUGCCAUGGGAACCCGCCGCACAUCUACACUGCGUCCUUCAAUACCUCAAACACCACAAUGGAAGAUUUGCGGAAUGAUGAAACCGUACCUGAAGACCUGCGGAAGCUCAUAGACCCUAGUUGCACACAAUUCGAUGUGACCUCUGGGGCACGGUUCCUUGAGCUUCUGAAAAUUAGCCAGGCUCUGCAUGAACUGGUCGACUGUAGCUUGUGGGUUCCUGUGUUUCACACCCAUAAAGUCUUUUGA